AUGUCAGCAGCAGCCAGACGGAGCAAGCUCCUAUUGAUGGGGAAAUCAGGAAGCGGCAAGACGUCUAUGCGCUCUGUUAUAUUCUCGAAUUACAGCGCAAAGGAUACUCGGAGACUGGGCGCCACUAUUGAUGUCGACCAGUCCACGGUCCGCUUCCUCGGCUCUCUGGUCUUGAAUCUUUGGGACUGCGGCGGCCAGAAUGCCUUUGUCGACAACUACCUCACCGCCCAACAAAGCACCAUCUUUGCCAACGUCGCCGUCCUGAUCUACGUCUUUGACAUCACGUCCACCGAAUGGGAAGCCGACCUGAAAUACUUUGACGAGAUCCUGACUGCCCUUCGGGAAAAUAGCGGCGAUGCGGGAGUUUGGGUGCUCAUCAACAAGAUGGAUCUGGCGGACAAGGAGGAUCCGGCGAGAAAGAAGUAUGAGGAGCGCAAGGCGGACGUUAUCGCUGUGGAGGAAAGAAUACGGAGGGAGCGGAAAGAAAAGGCAGAGAAGAGCGGGAAGAAGAUACCUGAAGGAGAAGAGGGAGGGAGUAUACGGUGCUUUGCGACCAGUAUAUGGGAUGAGAGCCUGUACAAGGCUUGGUCAUCCAUAGUGCACACGCUCAUUCCAAAUAUCGGCCUGAUCACCUCCCACCUCACAUUCCUGCGGGAUCUCUGCCUCGCCGCCGAGGUCGUCGUCUUCGAGACCGAGACCUUCUUGGUAAUAGCCAAAUCUGGAACGCCGCUGGAUACGGACCCGUCCGAGCUGGACGUAGCGGAGACGGAGUCGGGAAUAGGCAAGCUGGACAGGCAGCGCUUUGAGAAGAUCAGCGAGAUCGUCAAGGGUUUCAGGAAGACUUGCCAGCGAACAGGCGAGCAAUGGCUAGGCUUUGAGAGCACCUUUGACCAGUGUAGCGUGAUUGUCGAGCCGAUGACUCGCAACUCCUUCGUCCUCGUCGUCUCCAACGACUCCAGAAUAGAAACGGCAAUGCUGCAGUACAAUCUCAACAUGGCUCGAAACCACUUUUCAGAAUUCUCACAAAAGCCAAGCCUGGAUCGCAAGUGCGGGUUGUGCAGGGGAUCCAAAGAGCUCAAGUAUGAGGCGGAGGGGGACGAUGAUCCGAGCGUGAUGGCGUGGGAUGAUUGUGGCAGGGGGUUGCAACUGCUCGGAUGA